GGAGAAAACGGGAGAAAGCAACGUCGCAGUAGCACUGGCAAGGAUGACGACGCCGGACGUGCAGACACAGGGAGGGAGCGCCGCCACAGACGAAGGAAAAGGUAAAAGCCUACAUUGUGUAGAUCGUGUCAGCUGAGCCUGAAUGCUGCGUAUCUAUGCAGGGCGCCGCGCUGGUUUGCGAGACCAAAAGCCAGUCGACUACAUUCGUGCAGCUCAAGGGUUCACAAAGGACUCUAAUGACGACGACGAUUACGUCGAUGACCCGAUGGACACGUUAGCAGACGCUGCCACCGAAGAUGCAGACAUGCAGGAACUGGUGGAGGAGAACGACGGUAUAGCAGCCAAUGCUGCCGCUAAAGUUGCACCGGCAAACGUGUCGACCAAUGUUGCUGCAUCUGACCCCGCUAUAGUUGCUACCUCUGGGAAAGUUGCAGCAAAAGACCCCGCUAAAGUUGCGCCAACAGUUAACACGGUCGCCAAAGCAGCAGAGCCAGCCGGCACCACAGAUCUUACCGAAGAAGAAGCUGAAGUUAACCAGGAAGACGUAGAAGACGCAGACGGCCAAGAAGGCAACGAAAGUAACGUUGCUGACGGCAACACUUCUUUGGCGCGCGCGAGUGUUGCUCGAACGACAGCAGGUGUGCCAAAGACUAACCAAAAACGAAAAAGAUCUUACGCACAGAAUGAAGAAACGGACGUCGACGAUGAUGAUGACGUCAGGACAACUAGUCCAGUGUCCAAACACGCUAAGAUGUCAUCUUCGGCGGAAAGACGCUUACCUCGGCGGAAGACUAAGACCUUCGAGGAUCGUGCGAAGAUGCUCAAAUCGCACAAACCUAUAGACAAUUUUGUGCCCGAACUACCUGUGAAGACGUUUCACAGUUGGGAUGAAUUCCACACAUUACUACAGAGCUACGAAGAAGACAAUUUCUUGCGCUUCCGUGUACGAAGUUCUGAAACUAGGGCGAAACACAACAGCCGUCCUGGUGCAGUUCAAAUUCCUGAGCAUUUAUCGCAUAGUUUUAAGAGGAUGCGGUGCACGCACGGUGUGAUGCAAGCUUCACGUGGGGAAGGGCGGCGAGAUCAUGGCUGGAGAUACACUGGGUGUGACGCAAGCUUCACGAUUCGUUCAAGAAACGCUGUGAAGAAUGGAGUCGCUAGGUGGGAAGUGGCCGUUGAACUUGAAUCGGAAAUCUCAAAGCACAACCACAAAACCAGCAAGACUAUCUACGAUUCGUACCGAGGGGCCAAGUCGAUGCCUCUACCGUCAAAGGUUCGCGAAGACCUCGGUCUUUUGACAGACAUGAAGGCCAGCACUGCUGAUAUCAACCGAUACCUUUCAGAUAAACUUGACAUGGUGUUGACUACACAGCAAACUAGAAACAUAUUGCAAGAAGUACUGGGGUCUACAACAGUGGAGAGGACCAGAGUGCUACUGGAUACAUUUGUGGAGGAGGACAACAACGAUGUUCUUCGUGUACAAGAUCAGAUGGGCAUAACGUGUGUCAUUGCUAUGCAGACAUCGCUUCAAAAGAAAUGUUUCGAGCAGUGGGGCGACAGUUUGGUAAUGGAUUGGACGCACGGUACCAACAACUUGGGUUAUCAUUUGGGCAGUUUGGUGGUUACGUCAGCUACUGGAAGAGGAAUCUUAAUUAUUGAUUUUCUUGCUCUGGAUCAAAAAUUUGCCACAAUGGAGUACAUUGUCGAAUUUUUCAAGCGACACAACCCGUCUUGGAAAAGCAUCAGGACAAUUGUUAUCGAUAAAGACUUUGUGGAAUGGCGUGUGCUUGAAAAGGCGUUCCCUCACGCCAAAGUACUUCUGUGUCAGUUCCAUGCGCUCACGUAUUGGAGGAAGGUUUGCAGAAGACCGAAGUUUAACCUGAAUAUGGUGCAGCGGGACACCAUGGAAGCUGCGUUCGCAAAGCUGAUCUACUGGUACGGACAGCUCAAUUGA